CAUCGGCUCGUGUGUUGUGGCUAGAUGGCGCGUCGGGAAUUCUCGAGGGCAGCAGCACCCCUUGAGUGGCUCUCCGCUAUCUCACAGUAAUGCUGCUUUUUUACGCGCUACUCUGCUUAAUUACGUGUAGUUGUGUUUCCUGUGCACUUGUGAAUCCAUACGAAACGCUUGGUGUGCCCCGUACAGCCAGCGCUGCAGAUAUCAAACGUGCAUACAAGCGACUGGCGAGAGAAUGGCAUCCUGACAAAAACAAAGACCCCGUGGCAUCUGAGAAGUUCAUAGAAAUCACCAAAGCUUAUGAGCUGCUGACUGAUCCUGAGAGGAAAGAAAACUUCGACAAGUAUGGCCAAACAGAAGACACGCCAAACUUUCGGAGACAACCCGACUACAGUCAAUUCAACAGAUUUGACUUUGAUCCUUUUGAGUCUACGGUGUUCUCUAAGGGAAACAUGAAGUUUAAAUUUAGUUUUAACCAAGGCUCUGUGUUUCAUAAGGCUACCAUCACACUCAAGGCUUAUGAAAAUAGAGUAGUCCCCGACAGUAACUACAAGCCAUACCUGAUCCUCUUUUACGGAGACCUCUGCUUUCCAUGUCUUCACGUAGAGCCAAUAUGGCAGCGAAUAGUCCAAGAAAUGGAGCCUUUAGGUGUGGGUUUUGCUACUAUUCAUGCUCAACAUGAAUCUGGUCUAGCACAUAAACUGGGUGUUGGCAGCCUGCCGUACCUGGUGGGCUUGGUGGAAGGGCGCGCCAUCCACUACCGUCAAGACCAACUUAGCCUUGUGAAUGCCAUUGACUUCUGCCGUCGCCUCUUUCCUCGGGAUACCGUGACUGUUCUGGAGGACAUGUCUUCAUUUGACGACUUCCUUUCAGGCUGGUCCGAUAACCGAGUGCGCGCAGUAGUGUUCAGCCCAUCGGCAUCUGUGCGGCUGCGCUACCUACUGGCGGCAUUCCAGUUCCGAGAGCGUGUUCGCUUUGGCUAUGUCCGACUGGGACAGCCCGAGACGGAGCCUCUGCGCCAGCGUCACGCUGGUGUAGGACUUCGUCAAGAGUCCCUGUUGAUCUUCAAUGAGCACACCAGUGCCCCUGUGGCACUCCUUAGCAUGGCAGAGCUGGAUCCACAGUCUCUCAGAGAUGUGCUCAAGGCAAACCGGUUUCUGAUUUUGCCACGAGUCUCAUCGCAGGUUCUUUUCGAUGAGCUUUGCCCACCCGAAGCGAUUCGUACGCGUCGCCGCCUCUGUGUUGUACUCAUUACAGGCAACACAGCUUUACAUGAUCCGAACCGAGCACAGCUAAGAGACUACAUUCAACAAAAGGGCUUUCCUGUUGAGCGCGUCAGGUUUAUGUUUGUGUACAAGGAAAAACAGAAGGAGUUUGUGAACACCCUGAGCUCGGGUGAGGAUUCACCUGAAGACCCCGUCCUUCAUAUGGUCAUCUUGUGGAGGAAAGACCACAACUUAGUUCAGUAUCAAUGGAUUGAGGCACCGUGGCUUGACGAGCCCCAGAAGCUGAACGAGAGCAAACAGGAGCUGGAGAAUGCGCUGUCGCGGCUGCUGCACUCGUCCGAGGCCCUCCCGCACGACGCCCGUCUAGGUGUGCUUGUGGACGAGCAUGCCCGGGGCCUGCUGGGUCGUAUCCUGCGCCGCCUCGUGCUCAUGGGGGACGCGCUGCGGGACCACCUGACACGCUACGAAGUCCUGCCCGCCCUCUCUGUGGCGCUCUCCUUUGGCUUCAUCGUGCUCGUCGGCUACUUCAUGUCCUACCUAGUGCAAAUGGAAGAAAAAAGUAUCCAGGAGCGCUACAGACGAGAAGGAAGGGUGCCUCCCUCAGCAGCGAAACCCAAGCCCGAGUGCAAGCUGACAAUUCACGAGCUCAGAGGAGAAACCUACAAUGGGCUUGUAAGACUUCUGAAGCCGGGCUGCCGGACUGUUGUCUUACUGGUCGACCAAGAAUCCAAGCCCAAGCUGCUGCCACAGUUCUUUCGUGCUGUGUUUCCAUACCGCAAGAACAAGACUCUCAUGUUCGCCAUGCUCCUGCUGGAGAAGAAUUUGGAGUGGUAUCGCAAGAUCCUCGCUCAGACUCUGGCCGUUCGACGGCCUCUCAACAUCAACCCAAAGAACUGCAUUGGUACUGUGUUAUCCCUCAAUGGGCACCGCAAGUACUUCUGCGUCUACCACGCCAAGCACCUAGAGCCAGCAGUGAUCAAGAAGAAGAAAGAGAGUGCUGGGGACUUUGUCGGAUUGGAAGACUCGAGCAGCGGCUCCGAAACGAGUGACAUGGAAUCGGGACGGCUACUCGCACGGUCUGAAGAGACCGACUCAGACAUGUAUGGCAGCAUUCUUUUCGAGGAGCACCUGCUGGAUGGACUGCCUAACUGGCUGGACAGGUUGUUUGAAGGCACCACAAAACGUUACUACAUCCAGUACUGGCCGGAGUGCAUGAAGUAGCCAGCCCUUCUGAUCCCAUCCUUCAACCCACAAGCAGCAGUACUUGCAUUUUUGUUGUUAUUGGGUUGUCUAUUUAUGCCAUGCUUGUGCAGCCCUUUUCCAAUACCCCCUCGUGGAAAUACGACUUCCUGAAGAUAUUGAUGUGCAAAAUUUCGUGGCAUUCAAGUCGCCAUGCAUUUUAAGCUACAAACCACGAUAUCACGUGUGGCUUGUAAGUCAAUUAGCUCGAUACCUUUUAGGCUGAACAGCUAAGUACGUUUUGCCCACAUCGCAAGAAGUGUUUGCAUCAGCUGCAUGAGGGGCAGCAUAGUUUAAUGGCCUUGGUGUGCUUUUUUUCUCCCUCCCUCUCUGAUAAAUGAAACAGCCAGUGCAGCCUUGUUUUUAUGCAUAAACACAAUGAGAAGUUACAGAUCAACCAUGAUAGUGCAUUUGGUGCACAGGCAGUGUGAAAAAGUGUUGAACAUGCCAGUAAGGGCUGCUUGGUCAUGUUGUAUGGAAUGAAAUGCAUAAGCUUGAGAGCCAGGUGAGAUUUAAAAUGUUCUCGAGCUACCCACUUGGCAUAACUUAAACAUAAUGCAGCAGGAGUGUGCACUGUCUUGCUAAAUUAGUAACUACCUAAAUAGGUGUAGUAGCUGUACAAUUCCCAAGUUGCUUCUGAACCAACAUUGUAAAGUGGCUGCAGACCACACAGGGAUGGAAAAGAUAUUUGUCGAGUGGAUUGCCUGUGUGGUCUGUACAUAGCCUCAAACUUGUGGCCAGGUGAUGGAUGUUGCACAUAAAUUAUGAGUUUCUGCCUAGUUUUUGACAUAUGGAUGCCCCAAAGGCAAUGUUCAUGUAGUUAUUUGUGCUUCUCAUUACUUAGGCCGUUGGCUGUUUGUAGGGAGGCAGGAAAAGCACUCCUCAAGUUUUGGUACAUGGUUUGUAGCUUGUUGUGCCCUGUGUUUGAACAGUGCAUCUUUUCACUGUUUUUGUGCCUAAACUGAUCAUUGUUUUGCCAGUAAGACCCACCUGUGUGUAUGUCAGGUUACAUAAUUCAUACUAAACCUGAGGUUUGUGCAGGCAGUACUUGGAGCAACGUAAGCAGUCUGUUACCGGUAGCAUGUGAUGUCUUUUGUCCGACCAUUGUGAGCUUGAAUUUUUGUCGUUUUGCUUUUCGUUGACUAGUUUUCUGUGGACAAUUUCCUAGAUGUCUUAGAAUGUACUGGAACUGACGUUUCGGAACAAGUGUAGAACUGAAGUACAAAAAAAAGGGUGUUUUCAUGUUGAGGUCAUUGCAUGGCAAUGUGGAGUAUGUCUUGUGAUGUGCAGUAGUUCCAGCUACCUUGGUUGUUAUCACACAUUAGUUGAUCGGACUUACGAUAUUAAGCUAGUCACUGCUUACUGUGCAGUUUUGGUUCUUUCUUGUCUAGAAAUUUGUGCUUUUGCUAAAUAUCAUGUUGAUUCAUUUUGUGUUUGUGUGAAAAGCACCCAUGGGCCGUAAAUACGAGUGCCUGCCAAGAAAAUACUCAAGUUGCUGCAAGUGCUGUCUGCACAAAUUUGUAUUGCUGGUCAGUUAGCUGGUGGUUGUUUAAGUGUGUGGCCGGAAGUGCAGUACCUUUUACUUAAUUUUCAAGUUGUGAUAAUCGGACAUCAUGAAUGUUUCUCCAAAGUGCACUGCAUGCCGGAUCUGCUGAUUUGAACGUGUUCAUACUUCACCGAGAGACUGUGCUUACCAUUCAUCAUGACCCACUCCACGCCAAGUCACCGCUUCUGCACCCAGCCAUAAAGUCAUCACACCAUGUGUUGCUGUGUCUGUGAUUGCUAGUCAUGAGGCUGCUCCAAGGACCUUCUCCUCGGCCAGUGCGAGUGUUGUGUAUCUGCUGCCUAAGGAUCACAAUUAUUGAUGUGUGCGCGCGUGUGUCUUAUACUUUUGCACUGCAGAUCUCUUGCAGACUCUGCCCUGAGCGUGGUGUAUCUUUUUUUUUUUUUUUCUUGCUUGGAGGAAGAGUGUGCAACAGCUGUGACAUUUGUUUUUCCUCAGGUUAUAAACUUAUCAUGUUGUUGUUUCAAUGGCAUUAUUUAUACUGUUGAUUGAUGUGCACCAAAGCUAUGUGAAAUUUUGGUCAUGCUGUUGUUGACUUAAAGAGACUGAAUAUGCACUGGUGUGCCACAUCAUGGCUGCAAGACUUGCAAGAAGGCAGGCAUGCUUGUCUCUGCACUUGUGCAGAAGGCUAGAAUUUUCUCACCGCUGCAGUAGUAAUAGUGCAACUGAUAUGCCUUGUAUAGAAAUAGCUAAUAUUCAGAAUUAUCGAGGCAGCGGAAUGGUUCUGUUUGCUUUGUGAAUACGUAAGUAUCCUGCAUUUUGGCACUGCAGUUGGACAGCAAAAUGUCCCACAGUUAUGCAGGCGCAUCAAGUCUCCGUGGAACUUCCAGUGUACCACUGCCUUCCACAUGUUUCAUCACUGCUUGCUUAACAUACGAAAAUCCUGUGUCAACUAGCCACGGAGAAAACCAGGUAGCAUUUCUAUUUAGAAAGGAAUGUUUUAUGUUCAACUUAAAUGUAAAGAUUAGAAGUGUUUCUGGUAGAAAUAAAACAUUUGACAU